AUGUCCGACUCGCUCAUCGUGCAAUUGGCGCGGCAAAUCACGCAGAAUGUAGAGGCCAUCGACCAGUACCACGACGCGGCCGGGCUGCGGAAACAUUCAUUCGACAUCGAUACCCCGCCAAAGUACAACUACCCACCGCACAUCGAGACGGCGCGACAGGAAGUCUUUGCCGCCACGACCGACCUGCGCGAUCUGGUCCUGGGCCCGGUCGAGGCGCUCAAGAUUCGCUCCGAGAGUUACGCCGAUCUCGUCAGUCUGCAUGUCAUCUACAAGUUUGGCAUUGCAGAAAGCUUUCCGGUGGGCGGCGAGGCCAGCUUCAAGGACAUUGCGGCCGUCAGCGGCAUCACGGAGCACAACACCAGCCGUCUGAUGCGGCACGGCAUGCUGCAGCACAUGUUCAAGGAGGUCCGCCCCGGCAUUGUGGCACACACGGCGUCUACCCAGGCCAUUGCCGAGGACGAGUCCGUAAAGGACAUGCUGGGCACGAACGUGGAUGAGUUGUGGCGCUCCUCGCCACGGGUCACCGACGCCCUCCAAGGCUGGCCUACAUCCAAAGAACUCUCCCAAACCCCCUACUCCAUCGGCACCGGCACCGGCGCCCCCUUCUUCGCCGAAAUGGCCAAACACCCGCAGCGCGCCCAACGCUUCGCCAACGCCCUCCGCCAGUACAACCCGGACCACCUCACGCUGCGGCGCACCCUCGUCGAAGCCUACGACUGGGCCGCCCUCGGCGCCGCCACCAUCGUCGACCUCGGCGCCAUCAGCGGCGGCCUCAGCAUCCGCCUCGCAGAACUCUACCCCAACCUCCGCUUCGUCGUCACCAAUUCCUCCGCCAUGCUGGCGCAGCAAUACCAGCAGCAGCAGCAACAACAACAUCAACACGGCCCAAGUAGUCCCGAACACGAAAACAACCACAACCACGAAACCUCUCCCCGCCCCAACGGCACCACAUCCACAUCCACAUCCCCAUCCACCCCAAACGGCACCACAUCCCCACCCCCCCAAGCAGUAACCGACAGGAUAACAUGGAUCCCCGCCCCCAUCUUCGACACCCAGCCGCUCCUCGCCCACGGCGCCGACAUCUACUACCUCCGCUUCCACCUGCACAGCUGCCCAGACGCCUACGCCGUCCGCCUCCUGCACGGCCUGAUCCCCUGCCUCAAGCCCGGCGCGCGCCUCCUCCUGCACGAUUUCGUGCCCACGCGCUGGGCGGGCAUUUCGGCGUGGGAGGAGCGGCAGAUGCGGAUCAUCGACAUGCAGCAGCUCAUCUUCCUGAAUAGCCAGACGCGCUCGCUGGCGCAGUGGGAGGCGCUGUUUGCGCAGGCGGAUGCGCGGUUCGAGUUUCUUGGCGUGACGGCGUCGAGGCAUGGGUUGGAUAUUUUUGAGGUGCGGUGGCGGGGUUGA